CCGGUUCCCCGGGUCCACAUUUUGCCACCUCUAGUCUAUACCGAAAGAUGAUUGUGUUUCAGCGCUUCGGAUAAUGUUUGCUGAGCCGCUGAGCGAAUCGGCGCGGCGCGUCUGGCGGUAUAUUCGAGAGCACCGGUGGCAGGCGGACGCUGAGCCGGCGCGCUCGGCAGCAGUACCCGACGGAGCCGCGCGAGGUGACCACCGGGUCGGUGCGCGGUGCGCUCCGCUCGCAUCGCGUCGACCCUCACGAGACAGACCCUUGCGGAACCCGGCGCGCACUGGACCCAUACGGUACUGGCACUUGGAGCAGAGCACCGGUGGCUCCUGCCCGCACAAAUCGGCACGCCAUUACAACGACCCUGUGGAUCGGUUUGCAAGGCCCGCAUUUCAUCAACGUAUUGAGACGACCACACACCGAGCCGCUUCUGCCGGCGCACGCGCGGAAGAUCCCGACUGCGACAGACAGAAUGUGCCACGCAGCGUGACUGAGUGUGACAGACGCCUCUCCAGAGCGAACGGCCGAUCAGCACGCUCCUGCUCCUCCUCCCGACUGGGGCCCCCACAGUAUACGAGUACACCCGCUAGCGUAGCGCCGUGCAACUUCGCUGACGAGAUCAUAUCUGCCAGCCAGACUCGGCUAAGCCUCCUAAUGCAACGGAGGCCCCCGAAGACGUGGGAAGGGCCAUCACAAGUUCCGUCUCUUCAGAGAGAUACCGAUGCGACUGGAUCAUCCUCACCUGCUAACGGUGCCAACCCGAAGCUGGGUGCGGAAGAGUGUCCUUCGCUCGACCAAUGCCGCCCAGUCCGCACCCCUGAGACACGGCUAGGGCGAUUCACCUGUACUCCUGAGGGCGACACGACGAGCGGGGCCGGGAGGCCGUCUCGGCCGGCUGCCGACACCGGCGCGCCGCGGCCCAAGGAGGCUGCCGCGGAGGCCGUCCUCGAUACCAGUCACCGGCAGACGGCGGCGGCGCCGCGCUCUGCGGAGGUGCCGUGCUUCUCGCUGCUCUCUCCGUUCGGACUGACCGCCUGCCCGCAGGCAGCCGGCGACCAGAUCAGCAGCCCCGAGAGGCAGCUGUCUGAACAGGUACCAUCACUAUCCGAGACUGCCUCGGACCGAACAUGUAUAGACGGUCAUGACCAGAGUACUACGGCUCCUGAGCACUCUGAUGGCUCUAUUGCACGAGGACCGAGCUCUCCUGCUAGGUUUUCAGUUUAUAGUGAAGUGCUCAACUCCGAUCAAGACAAACACGAAGUACUGAACAGUAGUGACAGCCAGACACGUGAAAAGGUGGAUUUUGUUUCUCCGCUGCCGGUCAAGACGGCUGCUACUGCAGCGGCAGACAGUGCCGGUAAAAGGACUGCUCCCAAAGUCCGGCCAUCAUUCGACCCAGUCAGGCGGUCCGACGGGAUGACAAAGACGGCUAAGCAGCCAGCUGGUUCCUUGGUGGCCGCCGGUACUGACACGAAGGGAUCCACUUCCUGCGGCGGACAAGAAGCGAGCAAGACUAACGACAUGUUGAUGGGGCCACCACUGUACCCGAUUUUCCACGGCCGACGGUCCAAGAGGGCGAGACUUCCGAGCAGUGGAACGCCUGCAGUCGAUGACAGUCCAUCGCGGAAAGAACGGCUUGACUCUCGCAGCAGUCGGCAAACAUGCCGAGUAACGACCCGGCCUACGACAGACUUGUCCGUGGAACACAUUCAGACAGUCACCUCCAGGCCCAGAGAGUCUCCAGACAGACAGAGGGCCCGCACAGCCACCCGCCACGAAGGUGAGCUCACCGCACUGCUCUUGGCCGUGUCAUCUGGCUCGGCCAUUGCCUCGCUGACUGCCGAGUGCGCUGAGCCGCUCGCUCGCGCCCUGCAGGAACCGACCAUCACGUGCGUCUGCCUUUGUCUGGAGCACGAUGACGGGGGCAGUCAGUUGCGACCUGUGACCGAGCGCCGCUCGGGCGCGCUGCUGCCGGGACACGCCGCUCUGGUGGCCGCUGUGGUCGGUGGCCGUCUGGACGGGGUGACGAUUCGCCUGCGGCCAGACGGCAUGUCUACCGGCGCCGUGUCAGCGGUGGCCGCAGCGCUGCUGGCCGGCGCGGGCAGACGCGUGUGCUGGGGUGCCCGUGAGCUGCUGCUGUUUAUGCUACGGCGCUGCGGCGUCCGAGCAGCGGACGGGUUUCGCUGCUGGCGGUUGAGGGAUCUCACCAUCGCGGACUGGCUGCUGGAGCCGGACCGUCCGUCGCGUCAGUUCUGCGAGGUGCUGUCUGAGCUGGGUGCGCAGUCGGGUACGGCGGCGCGGGACGCCGCUCUCAGUCGGCAGGAGCAGCUGGCCGCCGACCUGCGCCAGUUGGCCCAGCUGGACACGGCCAUGGCGCAGCGGCUGCGCACGGCCGGCCUGCUGGCGCUGUUUGAGCUGGUCGAGACGCCGCUGGCCACCGUGCUGGCCGCCAUGGAGGCGCACGGCGUGCAGGUGGACGUGGCGCGCCUGCACGCCGCGGCGGCCGCCUGCCAGCGCCAGCUGCGCUGUCUGGAGGCGGCCGCGCAGCGGGCCGCCGGCACCGUGUUCUCGCUGUCGUCGUCGGCCCAGCUGCGGCGCUUGCUGUACGACGAGCUGCGGCUGGACGCGCGCUCCGGCGUCAGCGUGCCGCUCACCGAGCGCGGCCUCAAGUCGACCAGCGAGCAGGCGCUGCAGCGGCUGCUGGCCGCCCACCCGCUGCCCGGCCUGGUCAUCCAGCACCGGCGCCUGCUCAAGUUCAAGUCGACAUACGUGGAGGGCGUGCUGGCGCAGGUGCGUGGCGGGGGCGUGUUCCCGCAGUGGCUGCAGACGGCGGCCGCCACCGGGCGCGUGCAGGCCGCCGCGCCCAACCUGCAGUCGGUGCCCAAACGGCCGCUGGCGCUGACCACUGACGGAGGCGACACCGACGACCGCAGCGCCGUGCUGGCUCGCUCGCCGUUUGUGGCGCGCUCCGGGCACACCCUGCUGUCGAUGGACUUUUGUCAGAUGGAGCUGCGGCUUCUGGCACACCUGUCUCGCGACGCAUGCCUGAUGGCCGCCAUUCGCGACGCUCCGAGCGGCGACAUCUUCCGGCAGCUGGCGGCGCUGUGGACAGGAGUGCCGGCAGACGCCAUCGACGACGCGCAGCGCGAGCGCACCAAGCGGCUGGUGUACGCAGCCAUGUACGGCGCCGGCCGCCACCGUCUGGCCGAGGUGCUCCAGUGCGAGCCGCAGCAGGCGCAGCGCGCGCUGGACAGCUUCCUGGCGCAGUGUCCAGCCAUCGGCGCGUUCAGCAGUCAGGUGGUGGCCGAGUGCCGGCGCGCCGGCCUGGUCAGCUCGCUGCUGGGCCGACGCCGCCGGGUGGCAGCCAUCAUGUCGUCACAGCACCUGGCCCGCAGUCAAGCAGAACGCCAGGCAGUCAACUUCGUGAUCCAGGGCUCAGCGGCCGAUCUGUGUAAGCUGGUGAUGGUGGCGGUGGCGGAGGCAGCCCCCAACGUGCCGCUUCUGGCCCAGCUUCACGACGAGCUUCUCUGGGAGGUGCCGCAGGGCCGGCUGGGCGAGUUCCGCGCGCUGGUGGAGCGCCAGGUGGGCCGGCUGGACGCGCUGCUGGCCGCCGCCGGCCACCGGCAGCCGCUGCUGGUGCCGCUGCCGGUCUCCAUCGCGGCCGGCGUCUGCUGGGCGCACAUGGAGCCGCUGCCGCCGGCCGACCGCGCCUGAACCCGGCCGACCGCGCCUGAACCCGGCCGACCGCGCCUGAACCCGGCCGACCGCGGCUGAACCCGGCCGGCCGCGGCUGAACCCGGCCGGCCGCGGCUGAACCCGGCCGGCCGCGGCUGAACCCGGCCGACCGCGGCUGAACCCGGCCGACUGCACUGCCGGGCCAGUAGCUCAUCAGCUCACAUAUCUGCCAGCCAGCUGUUGCUGCAACUGUUCGAUUGAAGCAUUACAUACCUAUCAACGUGUCAAAUAGUGUUCAGCAUUUAUGCUUCAUAUGAUGUUUCUGCGUUUCCAUCUGUUACCAGUCUAAUAUACCUAAGUCGUG